CCCCGAGGAGACGCGCGGGGCUGCUCCGACUGGACCGGGUCGGAGGGGGACACCUGGCGGGAACCUGGUCGCCGAGAGCCGGGGUGCGGGUUCCGGAGCAGCGGCUGCCCGCACUAGACUCGGCCCUGCUCGUCAGCCGGGGCGCGCCGCUCGGAGCCCGGCCACUCGCGGCCGUCGCCCGCGCAGCCCCGAGGGCCCCUCGCCGCCCCUGCACGUGCCGCGCCCCGCGCGCCCCGUCCGGCCGCCGCGAUGAGCGAGCUUAAUACCAAAACAUCCCCAGCAACCAACCAGGCACCUGGCCCAGAGGAAAAGGGGAAAGCUGGUGCUGCCAAGAAGGCUGAGGAGGAGGAGGAGAUCGACAUUGAUCUGACAGCUCCAGAAACGGAGAAGGCUGCCCUUGCUAUUCAGGGCAAGUUCCGGAGAUUCCAGAAAAGGAAAAAGGAUCCUAGCUCCUGAAUAACCAGCCUUGUCCUUCACUCUCUCCCUUUUCUCCCCUUCGCUGCAGUUCUGACUCCUAUGUGUCUUUGUCUCUUUGUCCCUCUAGCCUCUUGUUGAGGCAAGUUCAAUCCUUAUAUAUUAUUUUCUCUGGUCCCCCCCAAGCCAUCGCAACAGUGGAGGCACAAGGAACGUGGGGGAGGAUGAAGAAUUCAAUUGGCAGCCACUUGCCUGAGGGUAGACCAGUUUGUCCUUGGGACAAGCCUCCUUGACCAGCACCUAUGUCUGCCCCAUGAGGUUGAAGAGCAAGAGGCUUUGAGGUUGAGAGAGGGACCCCUGGCAGUCGGCGGGGGGGGGAAGCAGUCAGAGUAGGGUGCCUGAGGGGGGGCCUAGGCACUGUUCCGCCAGUUACAACAGUCACACUUCAGGUAACGUGUUUCUGCUCUUCACAUCCUUCUGCACCAACACAUCCUCCUUCCCUCCUAUGAGCUAAGCGACCGUGGGGACCGGAGCCUCCCUCUCCUCGAGGCCAACCCAGAUCAAGCACCUUCCACAUUAGUGCAUGCUGAGUAGAUGAGUUCCAAGGCAGGGAGCCUGGGACGGGUGGAGGCCAGAGAAAGUUGCCUUCACCGUCCAGUCUAGGACCAUCAGGGGCAGAGGCAGAAGAGGUUUCAAAGGGCCGCGGGCAGGGAGAUGGGCCUAGAGUAGAUUUGGGGGGGAAAGAGAGGUAAGGGCAGGGAGCUUUCUGGAAACACAGCUACUGCCGGUAGACGUGUACUAGACAAAGGAUUUCUGCUACCCUGCCUACCUCUAACUUCCCAAAUCCAGCCAUCCCUAGAGGCCGCGCCAACCAAGGGACCCCUGUAGUUUCCACCUGCCCCACUGCGGAGUCAGAGCAGAAGUGGAAUAGCCACUCUGUGUGAUUCGAGCAUGUUUAAUCAUGAUUAAAAAAGAAAAAACCCCAGUGGGGUCAUCUAACCUCUACUUCUGCUUUUUUCUUGGGAGGAAUGCGAAUGUAAGCCUGAGCUGGCCUCAAGGAGGGUGGGAGACUGACCGCAUGGACCACACCCUGGCACAGGAACUGAACAUGUAGACUGAAGCCCACCCCUGCCUCCCCCGCCCCCGGACCUUGCCCUCACCUUGAUUCACCGCCGACACGGUCUCUGUCUGAGGCUGUCACCGCCCCUGUGCACACCUGUGAGGCUGCUCAUCACCUCCCCGCUCACCUUCCGGCUCAGAGCACGCUUGGGAUCUAUGCCUUGGAAAACAAACCCAACCUUCCUUGCUCCCUAUCCCCAAAUGACCUGUCCACCCUGUCCCCCCUGCUCUGUCUUCCUCCCACAUUCCCUCUCCCUCCCACUGUUUCUCUAACUUAGGGGAAGGAGAAGAUGACUCUGGAUCUGAGAGAGCACCACUGACGUGCUGAAGAUUUUAAACCGUGAAUUAAAUAAAAUGAUGGCAUUCAGGGCCGCUUGCACUG